CUCGUUCGUCUGCCUGUCGAGCCACAUAGACACUCACUGUCAUCCCUCAACAAACAUAACCACGCCGAGGCAAACAGACAGACAGGCUUAUCAGAAAGAAGAAAUUCGCAGGCCCACUUCGCGCACUUAUCACAAAAAGACCUCAGGGCAGGAUAUGACAACACGCCCCAAAAUACCGCACAUACACACAGACGGGGGCACCAGCAGUGUGCCGGCAAAGCACUCGACUUAGAUAACAACAGACAGACAGACAGACAGGCACAGAGGACGGCAGAUGUAUCACUGCCUCUCUCUGUGGACAGAACCAUAGGGAGAGGGAAAGGGCACAUCCCCUCUCUCCCUCCCUCUCUCCCUCCAUCCCUCACUGCACCACCUGCAGCACUUCAAUCUCGUCAGCCAUAAACUCGUACGACCCACCCAAGAAAGCAUCGCCAUCCAACUGAAAUCUCUUACCCAUGUAGCCCGCAGGCACAUACUUGCUGGGAGUGAACUGACUGCAGAUGCGGAUGUCGGUUGGUAUACCCAGCGACAGAGCCCCACCAGACCACCCUUGCCCGCCGAUCCACAAAUCCUCAUCUAUCGUCCCCACCCUCCCCGGCUCCCUCACAUACUGACUCACAGAGAUCUUGAUCGGCUUGGGGAAGUGGCCGGCCAGUGAGAGCUGGCCAGUGAGAACCCACAUCACUGUCGUAAACGUGACUGCUGGUCGGGUCGUCGGGCAGCUGGAUGCCUUCACUGAUGAAGGCACCGAACACAUACUUGUCCUUCCUGACCACAAACACGAGAGGUUUUGUGUCUCCCACAUUGUCCAGCAGGUCGCCGUAGGUGGUGCCAUGCACAGACGUCCUACACACACACACACACAGAGAGAGAGAGAGAGACACAGACGGACACAUGAUCCAUCCCAGCACUGUUGGCAUGAUGUGUGUCUACCGGUAGAGUGAGAUGAGUCGUGUGGCGCCAUUGCCCCCCAGUAGGCCGAGCAGCCCCUCAUACUCAGACGCAGACAGCGAUGUGCCGUUGGGCGGGGUCACCUGCAGGCCACGCAAACGGACCUGAACACACCAGGCAGCCAUGCACAUCACAGCAUCAAAUAAGUGAGUGAGUGAUGGCGUGUGGGCACGAGUAGUGUGGGCAUACCUGUUCUGCGUGUCUUGUCUCCGUUUGACCACAGGCUGACGCCACACAGAGAAGCACCAAAACCGCAGUACACCGAUUCAACAUGAUGGUGUCAAUGGGAACACUAGGAAAGAGAUGACAGAGAGCCUAGCCUUGUUCGGUCAGGUCAGGACAACUAUCUGACG